AGGGCGUGUUAAAUAUUUACAAAGAAGGAAGAAAUGAACAGCUCUAUAAAGCCCACUAUCCUGGUUCCUGUUCUCACUUCGUUCACAUCACCUACACCUUACUGGGUCAUGGCUCAUUUGAUUCAUCUGUUGCUGCUAUUCGCAUCCCUCCUGGCAGUACUCCAGACUCCCGCAGCCUCUGGAGGAUUUAAUGUCACCCUUGGAAAAUGCCCUGGAUCAUGGGAAAUGAAAAAUGUUCAAAAUAAUACUUUGUCUCUUGAGUGUGAACAAAGGCAUUGUUCUAAAUUCAAUCUGAAAAUUGAGGGUCUAUCAAGGUAUUGUUUUCAUCCUAGCUAUUUCAAUACCUACACGUGCCUUACUAUUACAAUCAGCACUUUUGGCACGCCCCCAAUGAAAUCAUAUGAUGGUACAUAUUUUUACUUUUAUCUGAAUGUCGGUAACUUAAAUAGAUAUUACUGUCAAACAUUGGGCAAACUGGAGCUUACCAAAGACUGAAGCACUUUAUUUCAUAAUGCAUACUUGCCGUGAUAAAAUAAUUUCGUCCUCUUUAGAAACAAUGUGCACAUACUGCUGCAUCACAUGUACUUCACAGAAUACUUGUGACAAGUCAAAAUGUAAAAAGAGGUAAAUAUGUGUUUGUGACCUACUGUUUAUGUCUUACUUUGUUAAAGUGUUAUGAAUUAUACAACAGAAAGCUAAAUGUUAUUUACUUUUGUCAUUAAGCGCAAAUUUUUGUCCCUUUCAGAUCAGACAUCCCCAUGAAACCAGAUGGUAUUUCAACAGUUAAUGUAAAUUUCAAAGACUCUUCCAAUGUAGAUGUUACUGACAGUACUGAAACUCCAACUGGUUCCUUUCUGAUGUUCUAUGAUGAACCCAAAAGUUGGAUUGAUGCCUUUCAGUACUGCAACCAAAUGGAUAACCCUCUGGUGGAAAUGACCAACCAGACCGUGCGAGAUGAGAUGAAUCGUGUUCUGGCAAAUAGAACAGGCUUGGAGAACGGAGUUUGGAUCGGCUUGGAAAGGUCCAUGUUUGGCACUGAUGUGAACUGGAUGUGGGCAUCAGGAUCCAGAGCUGAGAACCCGGGAUGGAAUUUCAGCUUUCCAGUAGACCGCUGGAACAACCACUGUGGAAAGGCAAUCUGGCUUAAUGAGUCCAGAGAAAUCAAGCUGCUGGAUGAAAACUGUCAUGAAAAACUACCGUACAUCUGUCAAGAUCUGUAAACAGUGAAGCUCGGGAAACUAAACUGAUCAUUUAAUCAUUCCUUUGGUGGUUCAGCAGCAUCACAUGUGUAAUGACUGCCUCUACAUUUCUCUUACACUGAUGAAGCAGAACAACUUAUGGAAACCAAAUUAUUGCUGUGGAGUUCAUCUCACAUUCUAUGUUUCUUCAGCUGCAGACGAUUCCCUAAUCAGGAACGCAGGUUUAAAAGGAGGACGGAGACACUUCAUUUCGCCGGAUGAUUGUACCAGUUCAGGAUCACCUCAUCAUCAUCUCACCCUCGCUGUCUCCAAUUCUGGAUUAUUCUACACGUCCCGUCCUCCUCCGACGUUCCGGCUCGGAUUUCCCUCUGCUGCCUCACUCUACGACAUCUCUCAUCCUCUGCUCAGCGUCCUUCCCGGCUACACUUUCUCUCAGCACCGACACCUCAAAGACUCGAGCCGUCUUGGCUCCUCAGCACAGGACUUCCCUGUAGCAGUUCUUAGUUCCGUUUAUAAUAAAGACAUUUUACUUUAUUUUUUGGACUUGUGUGAUGAUUCUGCAUGUCUUGGGUUAGGCACUUACCUCGAGCCAUGACAGAAUCAUCCGGCCACGUAGCUAACCCAGCGGAAUCAGCACUCAUGGAUCUGGCUACCCGGAUGUCCCAACAGGAGCAGACACUCCCCGUCCUCGUGGAGCAGAUCACCAUCUCCAACCAACGUUACCAACGUUUAGAGACCGUACUGCAGCAGCUCCAGGAACAACUCUCCUCUUCCGUCCUCGCUCCAGCGCCAGCCGCCGCUCCGGAGUAUGGAACAGCACUACACGCCCACGCCUCUGGAGGAGUGGUUUCACCCGGACAGGAAGCGCGCUGUCUUCCGGAAAUCACCCACUGCCGUUCGGCUCCUCCUCGGCAAUGCCCGACUUUUUCCGGUGAGUUCGAGGAUUGUUUUGGAUUUUUACUGCAGUGCCGCCUAGCGUUUGAAGAAUCCCCCAAGUCUUUUCCUACUGACUCUAUGAAGAUUUCUUUUAUUAUUGGACUUCUUAGAGGAAAAGCACUUAAGUGGGCAGAGGCUAAGAGUAGAAAUUCCGAUUUUCUGUCUGGUUCCUACUCUGAUUUUCUGGAGGAGUUUAAACUCAUUUUUUGCAGUUCCGAGACCACCACUGACAUCAGGAAGAUACUUUUGCGCCUCUCGCAGGGAAGGAAGUCAGUGGUUGACAUGUCUCUGGAAUUCAGGACUUUGGCUGCGAUGACAUCAUGGGGGGAUGAAGCUCUCAAAGCAGUAUUCAUCGAGGCUUUAAACGACAGGGUUAAGAACCAGCUGGCUCUUUGCCCCGAACCCCCAACUCUGGACGGGUUGAUCACCUUAUGCAUCUCCAUCGACAAGAGACAUCGGGAGCUUCUGAAGACAUCUUCCAGGGAUCUGUCACCACCAUCAGCACCUCGCCCAUCCUAUAGGUCUCCUCCUCUGGAUGCCUCCGAGGAGCCUAUGCAGGUGGGACGUACCCAUCUCACCCCGGAAGAACGCCAUCAUCGCUUCAGCAAGGGGCUGUGCCUUUACUGUGGUAAACCAGGACACAUGGUGCAAUCCUGCCCUGCGGCGUCAAAAGGGCGUGCCCACCAGUAG